AUUGGCUGGUGGAUAGACGGCAUUGCAAGCUGAAAUGGCAGAAUGCGGUGUUGGUAAUUCGGGAGAAAAUAAACAAUGCAAUCCAGGAUAUGCCAGAGAAUGAGGAGAUCAAACAGCUCCUGUCAGGAUCAUAUAUCCAUUAUUUCCAUUGCUUGAGAAUUAUAGAGAUUCUCAGAGGGACAGAAGCUUCUACAAAGAAUAUUUUUGGUGGUUACUCCUCUCAGCGAAUGAAGGACUGGCAGGAGAUAGUGUGUUUGUAUGAAAAAGACAACGUCUAUCUCGCUGAACUUUCCAGUUUACUCGUGCGAAAUGUAAAUUAUGAAAUUCCAUCUUUGAAGAAGCAGAUUAGUAAGUGCCAACAGCUGCAGCAGGAGUACAGCCGCAAGGAACUGGACUAUAUCAACAACGCAGCCACUUUACGGGAGAAGUUCUUCAUUUCCUGCAAGCAGUUUGGGAUAACGGUGUGUCAGCCUGUAUCUGUUCUCUUGACACGUUGUAUAAUUCCAGCAAAACAAUUAACCAGAUUUUAGGAGAAGAGAAUGUGUAGGUGUAAGUACAGAGAAUGCUGGAGAAACUCAGCAAAUCAGGCGGCAUCUGUGGAGAGAGAAACAAAAAUUAACAUUUAAAUUCCAUUAUGACUGUUAUUUAGAACUGGGUCUGUGUUCCUUUAUGAAGGAAGAUGUAGAUGCUCAGCCAUUUUGAAGUGUGUUAUAGUGCAUUCACUUUGAGCCUGGGUUGUGGCAUAGAUUUCUGGCUUUGCUUAACCUACUGUUAAUUUAGAAGAACGAAACUCUCUCACACAUGCUCUCCAAAGAAGCACUUUGAAAAGUCCUGACAUCAGGCAAAGCGUGGGAGAAAUGUCAGUCCUGCCUUUCUCUUCCCCAUAAGGUCUGCAGACCAUAUAUUGCUGCAGGCAAAGUGAAGAGUGGGUAUAGGACUUCCUGUCAUUGCUAAGCAAGCUUACAGAUGGCUGCAAUUGAGGAACUCCAUGAGCUUUCCACAAAAAAAUACUAUUUCUCCCCAGCCAGGGACUAGGAGUCACAGCCAUGGGAGAAGAUAUCAGCCAUUUACAAACAAUCAUCUGGGAUGCAAUAAAACUGAGCUGAGGAGAAAGACCAUCACUCAGGGGUUGCUAAUCUCCGGAAUUCCCUACCCCAGAGGCUGUGGAUACUUUUUCGUUAAAUGUAAUCAAGACUAAGACUGGAUACGAAGUGAAUUGAAGAAUCUGGAGAUAGUGAAGGUGGUAGAUGAUCCAUUAUUUAAUUGAACAUAGCAAUAGGCUCAGGGCACCACGUGGCCAACUGCUCCUAUUUUUUACAUUCUCUGGUUGUGAUUGUGAACCUUUUCAUUAAGUAAUCUCUGUCAGCCUGUGCAGUACCUGCUGUUCCUCUGGAGAGAGGUCCUGUUGGGUGGAAUAUGGAAUGUUUUGGCUUGAUGAACUUUCAGUUCGGUUUUGUGGAGCUCUGCGAUUCACACAGGGCUACGUAGCAUUCAUGAAACCAACCAAGGGACACUUGUUGCUCACCCAAGCUAAAUCAAUUCAGUUUUCUGUGUGAUUUCAAUCACAGGCUGAAAGUCAGUGUUGUCUUGGUACAAGGUAGCCACAUGUUUGGAUCUUUGAUUCUCAUUCUGGGCCAUAUUUUGAGAGUUGUGCUCUGGCCCAGCGCUGGCAAAAGGAGCACAUCAAAAAAAAUCAAAGAACAAAAUUGUUCAUUCAGUGCAAACUGUCCAAAAGGUUUAUUUAUAUCAUCAAACUCCCUGGCUCUAUCUCCAGUCCCCAAGCCCCACAUCCCCCCUACCACUCCAUCUUUGCAGCAGCAGCAGUGGGAGCAGUGAGAGCGAGGACCAGGGGGCUGC